GGGAGGCGGGGCUGCAGCCAAUCGGAGUCGUCAAGAGGCGGCGCCUGGACCAAUCAGGCCCGGGGGGAGGCGGGACACUCACGCGGAACCCAAAGGCCGAGCGGUCGUCGCCAUGAACAUCCUCCCCAAGAAGAGCUGGCACGUUCGCAACAAGGACAAUGUGGCCCGGGUGCGGCGGGACGAGGCUCAGGCCCGGGAGGAGGAGCGCGAGCGGGAGCGCCGGGCGCUUCUGGCCCAGCAGGAAGCCCGCACUGACUUCCUGCGGAAGAAGGCCCGGAGGGAGCUGCCGGGGGGAGAGGCCGGAGGGGCCGCCUCCCCGGGGCGAGAGGUGGUGCCGCGGGACCCCGGCCACGUGGACCUGUUUCGGGGGCUGGAGGACGGGCGGGGGGCGCUGAGCGGCAACAAGGAGCACGAGGAGGAAAAGCGACAGGAGAAGGAGCGGCAAGAAAAGGCCCUGGGGCUGCUGACCUACCUGGGCCAGAGCGCAGCCGAGGCCCAGACCAACCCACCUUGGUACCAGCGGCCCCCGGAGCGCGGGGGGACCGGGCCCGGCCCCCAGGAGGAGAAGCUCAAGGGGCGGCUGGAUCCGCUGCGGGAGCUGGAGCGGCAGCUGCGCAAGAAGAAAGGCGGCAGCGGGGAGAAGCGGAAGCGGGAGCCAGACAGGAAGGGGUCCUCGGGGCUGCUGCAGGGCCCCUCAUCCCUGGAACAACUGCGGGCCGAGCGGCUGAAGCGGGAAGCGGCCGAACGGGUCCGGGCCGAGGCGCUGCUGGCCGGGGGCGGACAGGGCCGGCAGGCGCGGGAGCAGGACGAGGAGCCGGACGAGAGGCGGAGACGCUACAACUCCCAGUUCCACCCGGAGCUGGCCCGGCCUCCGCGCGCCCACGACAGGGAACCCCGGCGCUGACGUCCGCCCGCCGCU